AUGUACUUUACGUUCGGGACGGACAUCGAUCCCUUCCUAGUGAAAAACUUCAAUGUGCAAUCCACCAUCGGGCUAGUGACGUUAUGCGUUGGUUUGAUAGCAUUGGCGGUGGUCUUCGAGUCACUGAAAACUGUGCAUUUCAUGGCGAGGGUUCACCGACGGUUAUUAUGUUGCAGUCAGCCAGAUUGCAAGGAAUAUAUCAAUAAAGAAGCGUUCAUGAUUACAUUUAGGAUGAAAAUUUUUGAUUGCAUUAGAACAUUGGGAGUUUACACGUUUCAAAUGUUGGUCGGAUAUAUUUUAAUGUGCGCAAUAAUGACAUUCAAUGGGUACAUUUUUUUUGCCACUGUUGGAGGAUAUGGUUUGGGAUACUGGUUGUUUGGCUUAACAAUGAUGCAUUUGUCAGCAAGGAAUUUACUCAAAUCCCAAGAUGUUCCAAUCAGAUGUAAAAACUGUACUAGAAUCAACAUUAACAAAAAAGAUACUACGGAGGAUAGUAUUAGUACUGAUAUAAGUGACGAUAUAGGACCAAGUACAAGUUCUGUGGUUGAAGUGGAAAUACAUACCUAA